AUGGGUUAAUCUUGCCUGCAAAAGUCAUAAAGCCUGCUGCUUAGUAUGAUGGAGACAGCACAUUCAAGUUCGCAAAAGCUACUAAGCUAUUACUCAAAAAAGGAAGGAUACUAGAAUAAGACAAAUGGUAAUAAUGACUUUGACUAUGAAAGAGAGAUACUGCUGGAGGAGGACGAUGAUGACUUCUAAGCAUUCGAUUAUGAGGAAUAAAAUGAAUUAAUAGUGAUAGCUCACAAGGCAAAGAUUAAUUCAUAGAGCUAGUAUAAAAUCACUCCGCCAUAAUAUAGGGAGUAAAAUUCUAACUAGCACAGAAAUUAGGUAGAAAAAUAGGAUGGUAUUAAAAAAUCACCAGGACAGCAUCAGCAAGUUGACCUUCUAAAUUUGAAUUAAAAAGAGUAAUUUGGAGUAAUUUCAUUAGAAAAGCACCAGAAUGAUCAUGAAAGCUUAGAUUAUUUGGUAAAUGAAAUUGAAAAUAGUCUCAUAACAAAUAACUUUGAAUCAACAUAUGACAAGUCAGGUCUUAAUUUAGAGGGAGAGGAGAUGAAUGAAGAGGAUUAGAAUGCGUUUUUGAGGGAGUUAGAUAACCAAAUUAAAUAUGAAGAUGAUGAUGAAGAUGAUGAUGAGGUAGGCAUUUUAGAUAGAAUUUGA